AUGAACGGGGACGUGGCGGAGCCGGCGCCGGUGUGGGAGCGGCCCUGGUCGCUGGACGAGAUCCGCAAGAGCAGCCAGAGCUGGUCCUUGGCCUCGGACGCCGGGCUUCUGCAUUUUCUACAAGAAUUCUCACAGCAAACCAUUUCCAGGACACACGAAAUCAAAAAACAGGUGGACGGCUUGAUCAGUGAAACAAAAGCUACCGACUGCCGCCUUCAUAAUGUCUUCAAUGACUUUCUUAUGUUGUCCAACACACAGUUCAUAGAGAAUAGAGUAUAUGAUGAAGAAGUGGAAGAGCCUAUUCCCAAAGCUGAUGUUGGAGACAAAACAGAGCAGGAAAAGACGCGGGAACAGAAAGAAGCUGAUCUAAUCCCUAAAAUUCAAGAAGCAGUGAAUUAUGGGUUGCAGGUUCUGGACAGUGCAUUUGAACAGCUAGACAUCAAAGCAGGGAACUCUGACUCCGAAGAGGAAGAAAGUAAUGAAAGAAUGGAACUGAUACUUGAGCCAAAGGAUCUCUAUAUUGACAGACCUUUACCUUACUUGAUUGGCUCUCAGCAGUUUAUGGAACAGGAUGAUGUUGGCCUUGGGGAUCUCUCUAGUGAAGAAGGAUCAGUAGAUAGCGAUCGUGGAAGUGUAAUUGACAGUGAAGAGAAGGAUGAGGAGGAAUCAGAUGAUGAAUUUGGGAACCCUAGUGAAGAUGACCAAAAGACGAGGAUAGCCCAAAUGAGUGAUGAAGAUGAUGAUGAUGGCUGCGAUCUCUUUGACUCUGAAAAAGAGGAGGAUGAGGAAGGAGACUUAGAUGAAAGCACAAAGCCUAAAAAGAAGAGGCCAACAUCAUUUGCAGAUGAGCUGGCAGCUCGAAUCAAAGGAGAAGUGCCAGUCAGACAAGAUGAAGAGUGUUCAUCCCUAUCAUCAGAGACCAAAACAAGGAAAACCCCAAAAGAGAAGAAGGAAGUUCGAGUUCCAUCAGAUGAUGAAGAUGAUGACAUCUUCAAGCCUCCUAAACUGACUGAUGAGGACUUCACACCGUUUGGUUCACGGGGUGGCCUCUUCAGUGGUGGAACAGGCCUCUUUGAUGAUGAAGAGAGUGAUCUUUUUGCUGAAGCACCAAAAGGAGAAGAAUCAAAAGAGAGAGAGGAGCAAGCCCCAGUAAGCGAAGCAUCCUCUACAAAGUCCUUAAAGAAAGUUCCUGCAGGUGCAGUAUUUCUGUUUCCAGGAGGAAGUGAUGUGUUUAGUUCCACUGUAACUGGGGGAAAAGACAAGAAAUCUGCAGCACGGAGCACAGAAAAAACACCUAAACAACCUGGGAAAGUUGUUCUAUUUGAUAAUGAUGAUGAUGAUGACUUCUUUGUGGAAGCAACUAAAAAGCCUCCAGAUCCAGUCAAAUCUACAGCUGACCUAUUUGAUGAUGAUGAAGAAGGUGAUUUAUUCAAGGAGAAACCUGCCAUUCCUUCUGUGGUUGCUGGCACAGCUAAAGAAACAGAAAGCCAUAGGGAGGCAAUUGUGGAAAAAAAGAGUCAACAGUCUUCAGGUGAGGACUUCAAGGCUUUGUCUGAAACACCUCCAAGAAAACAGAGGGGCCUUUUCUCUGAUGAGGAGGAUGCUGAGGAUUUGUUUUCAUCAAGUAAAGCUGUGAAGUCCAAAGCUACAUCUCUCCCCACCAGCAAGUCCAUGACAAAAGCUCCGCUUUCCUUGUUUGAUGAUGAUGAAGAGGAUCUCUUUGGUGUGGGACCUGCCAAGAAGGACCAGGAAAAGACCCCAGAAGCAAGAGCAAAACAGUCAGGGUCUCUCAAGAAAGCUUCCAGCUUAUUGUUCAGCAGUGAUGAGGAGGAACAUUGGAAUGUCUCCAAGCCAGCUAAGCCUCCUUCUGAGGAUGGCCGAAAAGAAGAUCCUGCAAAACCAGCAAGCACUGUCAGUCAGGCUAAAGAUGUGAAGACAACAAGUCUCUUUGAGGAAGAAGAUGAGGAGGAUUUAUUUGCAAUCACUAAAGAGAGCCAAAGAAAGCCACAGAAGCCAUCAUUGUUAUUUGAAGAUGAUGAUAUUAAUGGAGAAUCACUCUUCAGCUCCCAAUCAGUGCUACUCCCUUCAGCUGCCAAGGCUGCAGUGGAGAAAGUAAAACCAGCUCACACACCACCUACCUUUAAUGAAGAGGAAAAGGAGGAAAAGGAAGAUCUGCCAGAUGAAACAGUGAAGUCUAACCAGCCUUUUACAGUAAUAUCUUCAGAGCCAGCUGACAAUUCAGAUUUGUUUGCAACAUCACCACCAGCUCUGGAGAAAGAUGUGAAAAGCCAAGCUAAGAAAGUGUUGAGCUUAUUUGAGGAGGAAGAAGAGGAGAGACUGGAAGAUGAUGAUGGCAUAAAAAAUGCACAGAAAGGAGUUGAUGUGGCUUCUGAGAAAAGUACUGGGCCCAAAAGCACUGGGGUCUUUCAAGAUGAAGAGCUUCUCUUCAGUCAGAAACUUCAGAAGGACAAUGACCCAGAUGUUGACCUCUUUGCCAGCCCCAAGAAGUCAAUGUCUGCAAGCCGCAUCCUGAAGCCGUCCCCUGGAGGAGGGCUGUUUGGGGAUGAUGAUGAGGAUGAUCUCUUCAGUACUGCUAAAACAAACAUUCCGAAAAUGGCCGAGAAGAAAACUCUUCAGACCAGUGUUGGCCCUUCCUCAGUGAGCAGUAACUUAGAAAAUGCAUUAAGUGCCAAGCAAGAUGAGACUCUGAAGGCAGCAACUACAGAGGCUAACUUAGCUAUUAACCCUUCAGCCUUACUACCUGGUGCAAUGCCUAAGGUUUCCAAUCUCAAGUCCCCCUUACCAGUGCUGGACACUCCAUUACAUGAGCCCAAGGAGGUGCAGAACAGCGACACCUUCUCUGCCACAGGAAGCAAUGAAGAGAUGGGUGUAAGCUUUGAUCAGCCCAUGCAAGCAGACACCUUGCACAACGCCAAUAAGACCAGGAUCAGGGUUCCAGGGAAACGCAGACCCCCGAGCAGAAUGGCGCGGCGUCUGGCUGCCCGAGAGGCUGAAGUGAGUGAGGACAUGGACUCUAAUAAAGAGCCACAAUUCUCUCUACCAAAACAGAUGUCAGCAGUAGAGAGCAUAAAGGAGCCUCUUGCUGCUGAAGCAGAGUCCAAGGAAAAUGGCUUUCUCUCUAGCUUGUCACUACCAGCUCACAGCAGUGUUUUGUCUGCUGGGACAAACAAACUCCUUCCUCCAGAAUCCACAGAAAAUGGGGAUGAUCUGUUUGAAUCUGAAGACCUUUUUGCAAGCAGCUCAACAUCCAGACCAGUUACACAACCAAAGCUGAAGGAAGGAAUGCCAGACAGUAUGGCUAGCAAAGCCAUAAAGGGCAGGGAGAAAAAGCCUGAUCUGGGUGACCAGGACAGCAAUGAUCUCUUCCAGCCUGUACAACAAAAGUCUUCAACAAAAAGCAGCCCUAUACCUUUUUUGGAGGAAGAGGAAGAUUCUCUCUUCACCUCUCAAAAAACUGGAAAAAAGGAGUUAAAAUCUGCUGUCCACCAAGCAGUUGACCCUACUGCCCAAGAUAUCUUUGAGGAUGAUAUAUUUGCUACUGAGGCAAUUAAGCCAGUGACCAAAAUUAAAGAGAAAAUACCAGAGACAAACCUGUUUGAUGAUAACAUUGAUAUUUUUGCGGAUCUAACUGCAAAACCAAAAGAAAAGAAGACCAAGAAGAAGGUGGAACAAAAAUCCAUAUUUGAUGAUGAUAUGGAUGAUAUCUUCUCUAGCAGCCAAGUCAAGAUACCUACUCCUAAAACCAGAUCUUCCCAAGCAGCCUCAGAACCAAAAUCUGAAAGCAAGAUCCUGAGCACAUUUGAUGACCCGCUGAAUGCCUUUGGAGGCCAGUAGUCAAGGGGAUGUGUUGCAGAGAAGCAGCCUUCCUUAGCCCUGUCCAGUACUAAUACUCUGGAUUCUCUAAUUCACUAGAACUGGAAUGAGAUGAAUGUGGAUAUUUAAAUGAGAUUACCCAUUUAAAAUGGUUAGUAUUCUCUUGUGCUAGUCUAAUUCUGCUAAAUUAUAUAUUUUUUAAAAAAUACAGUAACCUCCUGCUAUCAUGUUUCCAUGGUGCCGAGAUGAAUACAGCCUGUGCAAUACCUGCAAUGAAGUAAUCUAUUAUAUAAAGUAUAGUUUGUUUUACUGAACGAUCUAUAGAUAAAAUAAUUGAUAAAUAGUAAAUGGAGUCUGUUAAACUUGA